AUGAAAAUCUCAGCUCUUUUUUCUGUUGCAGCUCUGUUGAGCCAGUCAAUGACUGUACUUGGCUAUUUAUUCUACCGGUGUGGAAACGACUACAUUACUGAGAGAGCAUUAAUCAAUCAAAUUAGCAUGGAACAUAAAAAACUGACAGGUCAAGGGUCGAGUGCUGAUAGUUUCCCAGGGGGAAGGGCAACCGCUGAAGUAACCUUCUGGGAACCUUCUAUAUCGAAUCCAGGUACUUACCUCGAUAUCAAGGUGAAAUUUGAUAUUUACAGACAAAUGCUUUCCUUCGAAGUUUCAUCUUCGGGAAAGAGAAUUCCCUGUGAGGGAGAUUACGGUGCAGAAAUUCCCGAAGAGGAUCUAGAGGUUUCCGACGAACCUUAUUAUGCCAACUAA